UUGUUUCUACAUUUCAUCGCCUUUGUCAUCUCGGAGUACACUAUAAAUUCUUUUAGAUGUUAUGGAGGAUUUAUCUCGAGAUCCUUCCAAUUUGAGAAACAGGGGGUACCAACGGGCGGAAUCUACGGUUCAACAACCGGCUGCCAGCCAUACAGCAUUCCGCCAAACAAUCUUCUUCAGCCCACGACGCCUGUCUGUUCUCAUGAUUGCAUACCGCAGUAUGGACGGUCUCUGAAUAGCUGUCUGUACUAUGGAUCUGGCCCGUAUUGGCUAACUUCAUCCGAAGCUGCAAUGCAGGACAUGUAUAACCACGGGCCAAUUGUUGGAGUGUUCGAAAUCUUCGAAGACCUGUUCUACUACAAAUCAGGUGUCUACCAACACAAGGAAGGUGGAACUCGCGGAUAUCACGCUGUGCGAAUUAUGGGAUGGGGCGAAGAAAGUGGGGAAAAAUACUGGUUGAUCGCCAACUCUUGGAAUACUACUUUUGGAAUUGAAGGUAACCAUGGCUAA